AUGGGUGUCAGCGAUUUACAAACUUUUUUGGAGAGCUCCAAUUUAGAAGGUGGAGCGGUAUCUGUAGAUCUCUUAAAAAUAGCUAGGAGUGUAACCCAAAGACAACAACCACAUAAUACUAAUCGAAAAAUUAGGCCAAUUGGUAAUAAACUAAAGCUUAUCGUUGAUGCUGAAAACUGUCUAGAUCGACUGUAUGGAGGAUUUUUCUCAGGUAAUAAUGUUAUCUAA